CGCUGCCUCUUGCCCUUGCAAAACCACCACUCUGUAUUUGACUGAAUCGUGAAGGUUUUUGCAGCUACUAUUUGACAACGAGGUCCAUGUGGCAUCGUUGAAAGUAGAAAGUCGUGGGUCACAGUUCGUGCUCACUGCACAGUAUGCAACGAAAGUAACGUACGACGACGACGACGACCCAACGCACUACGCGUGUCAUGUCUAGAAGGACGUGACAUUAUAUCACAAGCGCGGCUUAGUGGCUCGCUGAUUGGACACGACGAGCGAUCAUGGUAGCGAAUGAAGUAAAGGUUCGUCAUCUUCAAAUUGUGAGUCACAACACGUAGGCUUGAAGCUUGGCCACCACACGCACAGCCCCCAUGACCUACAUGUGCAUAAAGUACAAUUUCAACGUCGCAAUUAUAUCCGCGAGGUGGUCGUUUCUGCAACUAUAGGAUGUUCACAAAUUCGUUCCGUCUCCUCUUUGCCGCGGGCCUGAUUUGCGGGUCGAUCAACAGCAUUGCGCUGAAACUGUGCUACCAGACCAGCGUCUUAGCCCAGGACGGUUCGGAAGAGCAGUUUCAGAAGCCAUGGUUUUUCUCAACUGUGAUGUUUCUGGCCUGUUUGGUCGCCCUGCCCGUCUAUUACGGGCUCCAUUUCUACCAACGCUUCAAGCAGGAGGCUCUGCGGAGAAGAGAAAAUCAAAGUCUUCAUUCAUCCGGGACAGCUACAAAAAUCUGGGCCGCGACGAGCGGAGAUGAACAUAAUGGAAAUUUGGCACUCGCGACCUCAAAACUGAAUCUCGCAUCCAACCCAGACGAGGAGACUCAUAUGUAGUGAGGUCACCGAACGGUUCUAACCAGGGAGUUUUUUUGACAGCCAGACAGCAAAACGGCCGCCAGUUUUCAGGCGGGCGGAAGCGUUUUUGGACAUAAAAAAUUUUCAAUUAUCAAGCGGCCGGGGCUUUGUUGUCAAACAAGCCCGAGCCAAUUCUAUCGAUUCGCACUGGAUAAAACGACGCUGGGGAGCCGGCAAAAGGGGCGCCCUUUUGAGGCGCCCGCCGCCUUAGUUUCUGGCGAUUUGGGGCGCCCAAAAAGGGGCGCGCAAAAAACGCGCCCAAAAUCAGAACAGCGAAACAGCAUGGCGCGGCCGCGAUUUCGGAGCAUUUUGGGCGGCCGCGAAAGCGGCCGCCUUUUCGCCGGUUUCAGAGCCUGGGAAGCUUUGCAAAAAGCGCCGGCGUGAAAAAUAAAAACGCGAAAAAGAAAAAGCGCCGAAGACGCGCAAUGCCAAUCCGCAUGCUAUGGGCCCGAUUUUUCUUCGCUUUUUGGGCGCCCCCCGUGGCACCCGGAUCGGCCCCAUAGCAUGGGGGCUGGCCUUCGGAAAGGAAUUUCGGAAUUUGUCAAAAUUUGCGACGUUUAUCAAGCGGCCGCCAUACCGUGCGGCCUAACGUUACUCACGGCGGUAUGGCGAGCCCAGAAAAAGCAAAGCCGCGGCCAAGGCGAUGGCCGGCAAGAAAACGCCCACGACCUCACUACCUCCGCCCCGGCGGCUAUAUUUGGUAAUUAUGUUGCUCAACACUUUGUCCCUCUCCUCGACGAAAGUGCCGACGGCGCAAGAACUACCACUACCGAGGAAGAUCAUAGUCAUGUGGAUCUCCACCAAUACGACCCCGUCACGGCCAAGCUUUUCUUUGCCCUGAUCGUUCCGUCUAUCUGUGAUUUGUUGGGGACCAGCUUGCAGCAAAUGGGCCUCUGUGUCACCACCGUGUCCGUGUUCCAGAUGCUGAAGGGCAGCAUCCUCCUGUUCUCCGCGUUUCUGAGCGUUUGGUUCCUCGAGAAGCGGCUGACCACCUAUAACUGGAUCGGGAUUCUGCUCUGCCUCCUCGCUCUGUCCCUGGUGGGUGUGUCCUCCGUCUUGGCCGCGGCAGCGCAAGAGGGACAAGGAGCAGGCGGAGUGAUGGAGGCCACGGAACAACAACAGGCCGUGCCAAAACAGGGAACUACGACGCAGCUGAUAGGUGUGAAAAUCAGUACUAGGACAUCAAUAGUUUCGAACCUGCGCCAUGAGUCUGUAGUGUAGAUACACUCUUUUGCAGCUAGAUGAAUUUAUUACUUGCGAUGUUGUUCCGCCGAGGCCGAAGGCUUACUUCAUCUGUUCAGGUAUCGCCCUGAUUCUCCUUGGGCAAGUCGUUUGCUCAGCCCAGUAUGUAAUCGAAGAGUACCUGCUGCGGCCGCCGCACAACGUCACCCCGAUGGCGAUUGUCGGGCUCGAGGGGUUCUGGGGGUCCAUAUCAGAAUGAAAUAUCCCCCCUCCUCAUGUUCAAAGCAGAGUUGCUGCUUAUGCUGGAUGAAAUGCGUGUAAAAAUUUGUUUUGCAGUAGGAGCGAGAUUGCAGGCAUGUCCUAGGCCUUAGCUGUGUGGAGGCUUUGAUGAGUGUGGGCGCUUAAUAGUCGAUAACAACAAAGUGGCCGCGCUUUGGGCCCAACAGCAUGCUGUUGUGAUAAAUGCGGAGUAGCUUGUUCCUGUGGAGGUGCCUGCUUCUUGCAAGGCGGAUACGAUUUGUGGCCACAUCAAAUCAACCUUGCAAACGUAGUUCAGCAGUAGUACACCUGCGCACUAUGAUACGAAAGGGGGGACUCGAUAAUUUUUCCUGACGAUAGUCCAGUCUGAUGAUUUUCUUGGUGCUGCCGAUCUGCAGCAGGCUCCCCGGCGUGGACGCGGGAGGCGAAUACGAGAACACGCAGGACUCGCUCUUUGCCGUCGCGCACUCGCCAUUUCUGCAGGCCGCCAUUGGAACGUUCUUCGUGUCCGUGCUUCUGUACAACAUCCUGGGCCUGAUGGUCACCGCCGAGUCCUCGGCUAUCCACCACACCUUCCUCGACGCGAGCCGCACGUUGGUCAUCUGGGUGGCGUCGGUCGUGCUCUACUACACGGUGGGGGAGCAGUAUGGCGAACCUCUCACCGUUUACAGCCCCGUGCAGGCGUAUCCUGUGCAAAAGUACCGUACACGUACUAAUCGCAGUCAUGCAAGACAAAUUUCUUUUUCAAGCUAGAUCAGCAUGAGAAAUUCCAUUUGUCACGCUGAGCUAAUUUGUGUUGCAAUACUACGAGUACGAUACUUUUGCAGUUCAUAAGGCGCUCGGGUUUGCGAUCCUGAUUCUUGGCCAGCUGGCGUACGAGGGCGUCGUCCGGUUCCCCUGUGUGGAGUACAACAACCCGGGAGGUCGCGUGGAAGAUGAUAGUAGCGCCCUUUAUUUUACGAGUCCUCUGACCCAUGAUCCUCUCUACCGAACGGAUGCGCCCGAACUGUACUGCUCCCCGCACGCCUUCACUGCGUCGCCCGCAGACCGGUGGCGGAACCUGUCGCCCUCGCCGGCGACUUUGGGCAAGGUCGCGGGCAGAGGAAAGAAAAAAGUCGUAGUCGGGGAACUCACGAAGCCGCUGAUGAUGGCGGGGUGAAAGCUUAGAGUUGUGUCCUGAUCUGCUAGUAGGUACGUAGACUACUGGUCGCUUGUACAGGAGGCAGCAGGAGAUGCAUGUCGUCACUAGGGCGGAACUACUACAUCACGUACCUAUCAUACCUGCUGUCGCUCCUUCUCAAAUGUGGCUUUCGCGCUUUUCUGUAACCAAAGAAAAACAACUCAUGUCUGUAUGUCUAUCAUCACAUGCAAGAUGAAUCAUCUUACGUUUAAGAAUUUCUUUUUUACAGCGCGGCACAUCGUCUUCACGAGGCGGACAUAGAAAGUCACGGCUCUACCCAUCUAGCAUGGUGUUUUUGCACAACGAUUGCACAAUCCACUAACUAUGGAAUCAAGUAAAUGCGUAUGCGUACACUGAGUUCAGUUUGCAGAUGGCGCAAGACAGAUAAUAAACGUGUGAAGGUACUAAAAUAAAGAAAUGAUCCUGAUCGGAAUUUUAAAGGUGGUCACCUACACCAACACCUG